AUGGUCAUACCCAAGUUGUUGAAACUAUUACUCAAAGAGCAUGCAGAUAUUAAUCUUCAGACAAAUGAUGGAGUAGUGACUGCCUUUAUUGGUGUGUCACUAGAGGAGAGGAGAAGACUCAAGACAAUGGCCAGCAGUGAUCAAGACUACCACUUUGCUCUAGAAGAAGGUUUACAAUGGUGGAUUACAAAUGGUACUGCCCCUGUUGGGAAGAACUCAUUUCAGCUGUUGAGAGUUGUGAUGAUGAUGAAAAAGGAUGGAUGGACUGCACUAAUGAUAGCUAGUCAAGAGGGUCAUCAUCAGGUUGUUGAACUAUUACUCAAAGAACAUGCUGAUGUUAAUACUCAGAAAAAAGAUGGAUGGACUGCACUAAUGAUAGCUAGUCAAAACGGUCAUCACGAGGUUGUUGAACUACUACUCAAAGAACAUGCUGACAUUAAUACUCAGAAAAAAGAUGGAUGGACUGCCCUUAUGAUAGCUAGUUUAAAUGGUCAUACCCAGGUUGUUGAGAUUUUGCUAAAAGAAGAUGCUUACAUUAAUACUCAGGAAAAAGAUGGAUGGACCGCACUAAUGAUAGCUAGUCAAGAAGGUCCAUCAGUUGUUGAACUACUACUCAAAGAACAUGCUGACGUUAAUAUUCAGAAAAAUGAUGGAAGGACUGCCCUUAUGAUAGCUAGUCGAAAUGGUCAUACCCAGGUUGUCGAACUGCUACUUAAAGAACACGCCAACAUUAAUCACCUGGGAAAUGACGGAGUGACAGCUCUAAUGCCAGCUAGUUGUAAUGGUCAUACUCAGGUUGUUGAGAUUUUGCUAAAAGAAGAUGCUGACAUUAAUACUCAGGAAAAAGAGGAUUGA